CGGCCGAAGUUAUACAUGUCCUUGACCCGCCCAUUUAGUUAGGCUGAGUGAAUGCCGGGAGAGUCAGUUGUUCUUUUGUUGUUUUUUUUUUUAAUUUUCUGUUUUUGGUGUGCGUCUUGAGUUAAAUCACACUAGUGCAAUAGUAUCCUUAAUGUCACUUUAAAAUCAUGUGGUGACAUACCUACAGUUUCAUACCACCACUCUUCCGAACGGUGUUAUGUUCUGACGUUAUUAUAAUGGAUUCAAUGAUGGGAACAACAUUAUUGUGUAAUUCUGCAUGAUUAGGGGUUUAUUUUUUUAUUUCACUUGAAGAGCAAUGAAAUUUACGAGGCUGCAUCGCCUCUAGUGGUGUGGAGUGCGCAGGGUCUGUGCUACGCUAGUUCCGCUUGCCUGACAUCUCCCUGCCGGAGAACGGAGCCCAAAGCUACCCGAAUACGGAUGGUGAAUAGCUGCUGCGGUAUCGGGAGGAGGGGCAACAGCUGUGGUAGUACAGCGGUAGUUUGGGUUCUGUUUCCUCUUUUUACACACACUCUGGACAUCGGAUUUCCCAGAGACUGAGAGAGGGGAAGGGAAAAAAUAAAGAAAGAUGGCGGCCGCGGCCUUGCCGGGGUCCUGUACCUCCACCUCCUCCGACUGGAUUGUACUGAGAGACGGCUGCCUGCGCUGCGACGAGGAUGGCCUGCAUAGCCUUUCAUACCACCCGGCCCUCAACGCCAUCCUGGCCGUUACCAGCCGGGGCAGCAUUAAAGUGAUCGACGGCACUUCGGGGGCCAUCCUCCAGUCCUCGGCAUUGCACGCUAAACCAGGUGGACGGGUGAAAUGUCAGUACAUCCCUGCAGUGGAUAAAGUUGUCUUUGUGGAUGAUUAUGUGGUGGGAUGCAGAAAGGAUCUCAAUGGCAUUCUGCUGUUGGAUACAGCUCUCCAAGCACCCGUCACAAAGCAGGAAGAUGUGGUUCAGCUAGAGUUACCAGUUACAGAGGCCCAGCAAAUGCUAUCAGCUUGUCUGGAAAAGGUGGAUGCAUCAAGUGCAGACGGUUACGACCAGUUCAUCACACAGCUUAAAGAUGGGUUGAAAAAUACCUCGCAUGAGACGGCAGCAAAUCACAGAGUUGCAAAGUGGGCAACAGUUACGUUCCAUCUCCCACACCACGUGCUAAAAUCCGUUGCUAGUGCCAUUGUGAAUGAAUUGAAGAAGAUCAAUCAGAAUGUUGCUGCCUUGCCUGUAGCCUCAUCAAUAAUGGACAGGUUAUCCUACCUCUUGCCAAGUGCACGGCCUGAGCUAGGGGUGGGCCCAGGGCGCUCUGUAGAUAGGUCACUUAUGUACAGUGAGGCAAACAGGAGGGAAACGUUUUCAUCAUGGCCUCACGUAGGUUACAGGUGGGCACAGCCUGAUCCCAUGGCUCAAGCGGGAUUUUACCACCAGGUAGGCAGUCCUGCUUCCACUGGUGAUGACAGGGCGAUGUGUUUUACGUGUAGUGUGUGCCUGGUGUGCUGGGAGCCUACGGAUGAACCUUGGUCGGAGCAUGAGAGACAUUCCCCAAACUGCCCCUUUGUGAAGGGUGAACACACCCAGAACGUACCGCUUUCACUGACCCUGGCAACCAGUCCGGCCCAGUUUCCAAGCAGCGAUGGGUCAGAUAAGAUCGCCUGCUUCGGGUUUGGGAGCUGUCCUCACUUUCUAGCUGCUGCAACAAAACGAGGGAAGAUUUGUAUAUGGGAUGUAUCAAAGCUGAUGAAGGUUCACUUGAAGUUUGAGAUCAACCCUUAUGAUCCAGCAAUUGUACGGCAGCUUAUUUUGUCGGGAGGCGAGCAAGGUUCGGGGACGGAAUCCAGACCUACUUUAGCCUGGUUAGAAGAUUCUUCCAGCUGCUCAGAUAUACCAAAACUAGAAGGAGACAGUGAUGAUCAGCUGGAAGACUCUGACAGCGAAGAGCAUUCCAGAUCAGAAUCUGUGACAGGGCAUACGUCUCAGAAAGAGAGCAUGGAGAUGAACCUUGGCAUCACAGCGUUAAGUAUCCUCCAGCAACCUGAGAAGCUGCAGUGGGAGGUUGUAGCAAACGUCUUGGAGGACACAGUUAAGGAUCUAGAGGAGUUGGGAGCAAAUCCUUCACUGGCUAAUGCCAAGAGGGAGAAAGUGAAGGAGAAGCACAUGGAGCACCACAACAUUCCCUUCCCUUGCCUGCUAGCCGGAGGCCUGCUAAGCUACAGGUCAGCCGCGGCCUCUCCCCUUAGCAGCAACUCCCGGCGCUCGCUUGAUGGUUUGUUGAGGACUCCGGGCGAGAGCGCAUUGGAACAGGGCUUGAUGGACAUUGAGUCCUGCAGUAACUCGGAGCUGAGCUCCCCCCUGGUCAGGAGGACUAUGCCGGUACUGUUGCUUUACAGCAUCAAGGAGUCUGAUGAGAAAACGGACAAGGUUUUUGCACAAAUGAACAACCUAAUGAGCAAGAGCUUGCACGACGAGGGCUUCACGGUGCCCCAGAUCAUUGAGAUGGAAUUUGAUACCCACGAGCAGCUGCUGCUCCAGGACCCCCCUGUCACUUACAUCCAGCAGUUUGCAGACACAGCAGCGAACCUAGUCUCCAUGGACUCCGACAAGUGGAGCUCUAUGGUACCAAAGCCGGGGACAUUGGUUCAGUGCCUGCGGCUGCCCAAGUUUGCAGAGGAGGAGAACUUGUACGUUGACUCCAUCACUCCCUGCGCUGACGGGGUCCACCUGCUGGUAGGCCUGCAGUCCUGUUCUGUGGAGUCCCUCAGUGCAAUAAAUCAAGUGGAGGCCUUGAAUAACUUAAACAAACUGAACUCCGCCCUUUGCAGUAGACGGAAAGGUGACUUUGAGCCCAUCCCGACCAUCGCUAAUGGUACAGGUGUUAAUGUCAUGAAACAACAGUCCCCAACGGGCACUCAGACUCCUCUUAUUAUCCCUCCAGAGCAGAGGACUGUGAGUGGAGGCUAUCUAGUACUGUAUAAAAUGAACUACUCCACCCGGAUAGUGACUUUGGAGGAGGAGCCGGUGAAGAUCCAGCAUAUCAGAGACCCCCAGGAUGCCAUUACCUCACUCAUAUUGCUUCCGCCUGAUAUUUUGGAUAACAGGGAGGACGAUUGUGAGGAGGCCUUGGAGGAAGCUCCUCCUGCCUUCAAAAAUGGGAACACAAAGGAAAAGAAAGUUGAUGUGUCUGUACUUGGGCACCUAGUGGUUACAACUCAGGGAGGAUUCAUCAUGAUUUUAGAUUUAUCCAGCCUGGAGGUUUUGGCCAAAUUGGAGCCACCUAAGAAGGAGGGCACUGAGGAGCCGGAUCCUUUUGUCUCUGUGACGUACUGCUCUGGGACGGACAGACUUUGUGCUUGCACUAAAGGUGGAGAACUUCAUUUCCUUCAGAUUGGAGGAGCCUGUGAUGAUAUUGAUGAAGCUGAUAUCUUCAUUGACGGCCCCCUUUCUAAAGGGGCGGAACAGCUGUGGGAAGGGACAAAGCUGCCCUCAAACCCUUCUAGUCCUGGAAUUACAGUUGUAGGAGUUGAUCUUCUGGUGGACCAAAUGUUCUGUGCAGAGAGCCUGACGUCGCUAGUGGAGCUGACGCGCUUCGAGACACUGACCCCCCGCUUCUCCGCCACCGUCCCUCCCUGCUGGGUGGAGGUGCAGCAGGAGCAGCAGCAGAGGAGGCACCCCCAGCACCUUCACCAGCAGCACCACGGGGACGCAGCCCAGCACACACGCACAUGGAAACUGCAGACUGACGGCUCCAGCUGGGAUGAACAUGUCUUUGAACUGGUCCUACCCAAGUCAUGCAUGGUCGGACAUGUGGACUUCAAAUUUGUCAUGAACUCAAACAUCACAAACAUUCCACAGAUUCAAGUCACACUACUAAAAAAUAAGGCUCCAGGACUUGGGAAGGUGAAUGAGUCAGCAGUAGACAGGCAGAUCUGCUUCCCUUUAUCGCAAGCCCUGCAUGCUAAUGGAGAGAGGAAUGGGCCAUCGCUGCUUGCAGAUUUCGGUGAUGACAUGCAGUUUAUGGAAAUGGAAGAGUCACAAGGUUCAAGAUUAUGUUGGUUUUUAGAAGAUCACAAGGAGGAUAUUUUAUGUGGUCCGGUGUGGCUAGCUAGUGGUCUGGAUCUCUCUGGGCAUGCUGGGAUGUUGACCCUAACAAGCCCAAAACUUGUUAAGGGAAUGGCGGGUGGGAAGUAUCGUUCUUUCUUGGUCCACAUUAAAGCAGUGAGUGAUAAAGUGGCAGAGGAGAACUACAGACCAGUUGUGAGGAUGCCAGCAGCUAAACCACAGAGCAGCAAAGGACACUCUCUUUCAUCACUGCUGCAAAGAGCCCAAGCAAGCAAGGAGAAACCAUCCACAUCCAAAGAGCCUGGCAUUUCCUCUAAAAAAACGGACAACCUUCGAGGAUGUGAUUUGCUGCAGGAGGUCUCUGUCACCAUAAGGAGAUUCAAGAAAACUUCAAUACCCAAAGAGCGAGUUCAAAGGUGCGCCAUGUUGCAGUUCCCAGAGUUCCAUGAGAAGCUCCUGAACAAUCUUUGCAAGAAGAUGGAUGAGGACACUGUGUCGGAGCAUUCUCAGAGUCUAGUGUUAGACGUCCUCUGCUGGUUAGCUGGAGUUUAUUCAAAUGGGCCAUGCAGUUUGCAAGAAGGAAAGGAAGGCUUGCUAACAAAAACCAGAAAACGUCUCACUGCCAUUAUACGGGUUUGCUUCUUUGAAGCUGGUCGAAGUAUAGCUCACAAAUGUGCCCGGUUUCUGGCACUUUGUAUAAGCAAUGGAAAGGGUGACCCAAGUCAGCAGGCAUUUGGAGCAGCUCUGCUGAAGGCUUUGCUGGACAAUAUGCCUUACUUGCCUGCAGCUGCGACUGGUGGGUCUGUAUUUUGGUAUUUUGUGUUACUAAACUAUGUGAAGGAUGAAGAUCUGGCUGGAUGCAGCACAGCCUGUGCCUCUCUUCUCACGGCUGUGUCGAGACAGUUACAGGACAGACUAACUCCCCUAGAAGCUUUACUACAAACCAGAUAUGGCUUGUACAGCUCCCCUUUUGAUCCAGUUCUGUUUGAUUUGGAAGUUAGCGGCUCCACCUGCAAAAAUGCCUUUAACAGCAGUAUUGGUGUGCAGUCAGAUGAGAUUGACCUGUCAGAUGUACUCUCAGGGAAUGGUAAGGUAAGCAGCUGUGCAGCAGCAGAGGGGAGCUUCACAGCCCUAACAGGACUUCUUGAAGUCGAGCCUCUACACUUUACUUGCGUUUCCACUAGUGACGGUACUAGGGUGGAAAGGGAUGAUGCAAGUAUGUUUACCGUGAGUACAUUUGGAGUGACGCCGGCGGUGGGCGGCCUGUCCGCCGGGGCGGUGGGUGAGGCCUCAACAGCACUGAGCUCUGCUGCUCAGGUGGCCCUGCAGUCUCUCUCUCACGCCAUGGUCUCCGCAGAGCAGCAGCUCCAGGUCCUUCAAGAGAAGCAGCAGCAGCUCCUCAAGCUACAGCAGCAGAAGGCCAAGCUGGAAGCAAAAUUACAUCAGACUACAUCAGCAGCGGCUGCAGCAGCAUCAGCAGUAGGACCCAUUCACAACUCGGUGCCUUCCAAUCCCUCUACUGCACCUGGAUUCUUCAUUCACCCCUCUGAUGUUAUUCCGCCCACUCCCAAAACCACCCCUCUGUUUAUGACGCCCCCUUUGACUCCUCCCAAUGAGUCUGUUUCCGCUGCAAUCAGUGUGGAGCUGGCCCAACUCUUCCCCGGGUCUAUGAUAGACCCCCCUCCAGUCAACCUAGCUGCUCAUAACAAAAAUGCGCACAAAGCCAAAAUGAAUCCAAUUGGAAGUGGUUUGGCACUUGCAAUCUCGCAUGCCUCUCACUUUCUACAACCUCCACCUCACCAGUCUAUCAUCAUAGAGAGAAUGCACUCUGGAGCCCGGCGGUUUGUGACUUUAGAUUUUGGCAGGCCUGUCCUCCUCACAGACGUAUUGAUCCCAACAUGUGGGGACCUGGCUUCUCUGUCGAUUGACAUCUGGACUCUUGGCGAAGAGGUUGAUGGAAGACGUCUGGUGGUGGCCACGGAUAUUAGCACACAUUCCCUCAUUUUGCACGACUUGUUGCCGCCUCCGGUCUGCAGAUUUAUGAAGAUCACUGUUAUUGGCCGAUAUGGUAGUACUAAUGCACGAGCCAAGAUCCCCUUGGGAUUUUACUAUGGGCACACAUACAUCUUGCCGUGGGAGAGUGAACUAAAAUUAAUGCAUGACCCAUUAAGAGGAGAAAGCGACUCAGCUAAUCAACCAGAGGUAGAACAACAUCUAGCGAUGAUGGUGGCGCUGCAGGAAGAUAUACAGUGCAGAUAUAAUCUAGCAUGCCACAGGCUGGAGACCUUGUUGCAGAAUAUUGAUCUCCCCCCACUGAACAGUGCCAACAACGCCCAGUACUUUCUGCGAAAGCCUGACAAAGCAGUGGAGGAGGACACCAGGGUCUUUUCAGCCUAUCAAGACUGCAUUCAGCUGCAGCUCCAACUGAACCUGGCCCACCAUGCUGUGCAGAGGCUGCGGGUCUCCUUGGGAUCCAGCAGGAAGGUGCUUCCCGAGGCGUUUGACCCCAAGGAGCUGAUCCAGAACUCCUCCACUGAACAGCUGCGCACCACCAUCCGCUACCUGCUGGACACGCUGCUCAGUCUACUGCAUUCAUCCAAUGGUCAUUCUGUUCCAUCUGUUCUUCAAAGCACAUUUCAUGCUCAGGCCUGCGAGGAACUGUUCAAGCACUUGUGCAUCAGUGGGACCCCCAAGAUCCGGUUGCACGCUGGCCUCCUGCUGGUCCAGUUGUGUGGGGGAGAGAGAUGGUGGGGUCAGUUCCUCUCUAAUGUCUUACAGGAACUGUACAAUUCAGAACAACUCCUCAUCUUCCCUCAGGACAGGGUUUUCAUGCUUUUGUCCUGCAUUGGCCAAAGAUCUCUCGGCAACAGCGGAGUGUUGGAAGGUUUGCUCAACCUUUUGGAUAACUUGCUGUCUCCCCUUCAACAAGCAGCCGCAGUACAGAGGCGGAGAGAAGGUGUGUUGGACAUUCCCAUGAUCAGCUGGGUAGUGAUGCUGGUGUCUCGGCUGCUGGACUAUGUGGCGAAUGUAGAGGAUGAGGCAGCCGCUGCCAAGAAGCAUCUGAAUGGGAAGGACCGGGACAGGAUACUGUCAGGAAACCAAUGGAGCUUUAUUAAUAACAGUUUACAGUCCCACAGCCAGAGUAGAUCAACAAAAGGCAACAGUAGCUUAGAUCGGUUAUAUUCAAGGAAAAUCAGAAAACAGCUUGUUCAUCAUAAACAGCAGUUAAAUUUGCUGAAAGCAAAGCAAAAAGCACUAGUGGAGCAAAUUGAGAAGGAGAAAAUCCAGAGCAACAAAGGCUCAUCAUACAAACUGUUGGUGGAGCAGGCGAAGCUGAAGCAAGCCACAUCAAAGCACUUCAAAGACCUGAUCCGGCUGCGUCGCACUGCUGAAUGGCCCCGCUCCACGCUGGACACAGAGGCCUCAGCAGCCAAGGAGACCCCAGAAGUGGAGCCUCUGCCAUUCACCCUGGCACAUGAGCGCUGCAUCUCUGUAGUGCAGAAACUGGCCCUCUUCCUCCUCUCUAUGGAUUUCACCUGCCAUGCAGACCUCUUGCUGUUUGUGUGCAAGGUUCUUGCAAGAAUUGCAAAUGCUACAAGGCCCACCAUACAUUUGUGUGAAGUUGUGAAUGAGCUGCAGCUGGAGAGACUGCUCCUCCUGCUGGUGGGAACAGACUUCAACCGGGGAGACAUCUCCUGGGGAGGGGCCUGGGCUCAGUACUCUCUGACUUGCAUGGUUCAGGAUAUCCUGGCAGGGGAGUUGCUGUCACCAGUGGCAUCGGAGGCUAUGGAGGAAGGGGCGGUGGGAGAGGAGGCUGGGGCCUCAGCAGGAGACUCUGACGAUUCCCUUCAGCAGCCAGCUUCCAUUCCACUAGUGGAGACCAUAGAUGAGGCUCUGACUCCAGACGUCGCAGGUGCUCCACCUCUAUCAUCUUUGGAAAAAGAUAAAGACAUAGACUUUGACUUGCUACAAGACCUCAUGGAUGUUGAUAUUGAUCCUUUAGAUAUUGAUUUGGAAAAAGAUCCCCUUGCAGCCAAAGUGUUUAAGCCCAUAAGCAGUACCUGGUAUGAUUACUGGGGUGCUGACUAUGGCACUUACAGUUACAACCCUUACAUUGGUGGUGUCGGAAUCCCUGUGUCAAAACCACCAGCUGCCACUGAGAAGCCUGGAUCCCAAAGCGUAUCUGUCUCUGUGUCUCAAGCACUGGAUGCCCGUCUGGAGGUUGGACUGGAGCAACAGGCUGAGCUGAUGUUGAAAAUGAUGGCCACGUUGGAGGCAGACUCUAUCUUCCAGGCUCUGACCACAACAUCCCCGACAGUAUCUCCGGCUUCCAAUGGAACAGACGAUUCCUUACUUCGAGGGCUCCAUGCCUGUAAUCAGGGCACCCAGCUCAUUGUGCAGUCCUCUUCCAUCCCCAUGCUGAGUGCCUGCUUCAAUAAGCUCUUCUCCAUGCUGCAGGUCCAUCAUGUCCAGCUUGAAUCUCUUCUCCAGUUGUGGCUCACUUUGAGCUUUAAUUCUAGCUCUACAGGAAACGAAGAGAGUGGAUCUGAUGUCUUCUUAUUUAAUGCAAGCAGAAUCCCCACCAUUCCGCUCAAUCAAGCUUCUAUAACUAGCUUUUUGACAGUCUUGGCCUGGUACCCAAACACCUCACUGCGGACAUGGUGCCUUGUGCUUCAUAGCCUGACUCUCAUGACCAACAUGCAGCUUAAUUCUGCAACAAGCAAUGCCAUGGGGGGUCAUGAGAGCACAGCCCAGUUGAUUGUGUCGGAUCCCAAUUUAAUUCACGUUCUUGUGAGAUUCCUUUCAGGAACAAAUCCACAUGGAACAAGUCAGCACAGCCCGCAGGUUGGGCCAACAGCCACACAAGCUAUGCAAGAAUUUCUCACCAGAUUGCAAGUGCACCUUUCUUCAACUUGUCCUCAGAUGUUCAGUGAAUUCUUACUGAAGCUUAUGCACAUACUGUCAACAGAGAGGGGGCCUUUCCAGUCUGGGCAGGGCCCUCUGGACGCCCAGGUCAAGCUGCUGGAGUUCACACUGGAGCAGAACUUCGAAGUGGUGUCGGUCGGCACGAUCUCCGCUGUUGUAGAAUCCAUCACCUUCCUGGUGCACCACUAUAUCACCUGCUCCGACAAGGUGGUGUCACGCAACGGGUCCGACAGCACUGUGGGGGCGCGCGCCUGUUUCGGGGGCCUCUUUGCCAACAUCAUCCGCCCAGGCGAUGCCAAGGCCGUGUGCGGGGAGGUGACCCGCGACCAGCUCAUGUUUGACCUGCUCAAGCUGGUCAAUAUCCUGGUGCAGCUUCCACUGUCCAGCGACCGUGAGUUCAGUGCCAGGAUGCCAGCUGUGGGCAGCAGUGCCUCCGAUGAGGAGAAGGUCUGUGGGAGCAAGGAGAGCAACGGGGGCACUUCGGCCAACCAGGGCCCUGCCGCGGGGGUGGCAGACUUGGUACUGGCCAACCAGCAGAUCAUGAGUCAGAUCCUGUCUGCACUAGGACAGUGCAACAGCAGUGCAAUGGCCAUGAUAAUAGGAGCUAGUGGACUGCAUCUAACCAAACAUGAAAACUUUCACGGUGGAUUAGAUGCAAUCUCAGUUGGGGAUGGACUGUUCACUAUCCUGACAACGCUGAGUAAGAAAGCCACCUCGGUUCAAGUGAUGCUGCAACCCAUUCUCACGUAUAUGGCAUGUGGCUACAUGGGCAGACAGGGGUCAUUGUCAACAUGCCAGUUGUCUGAACCCCUCUUAUGGUUUAUCCUGAGAGUCCUGGACACAAGCGAGGCACUGAAAGCAUUCCAUGACAUGGGAGGAGUUCAACUCAUCUGUAAUAACAUGGUGACCAGCACCAGAGCAAUUGUGAACACCGCUCGGAGUAUGGUGUCUACCAUCAUGAAAUUCCUGGACUCCGGACCAGGCAAGUCUGCUGACGGCAGUCUAAAGUCAAGAGUGUUGACUUCAGAACCAGACAAUGCAGAAGGACUUCACAACUUUGCACCAUUAGGUACCAUCACCUCUAGCAGUCCCACAGCCCAGCCGGCAGAGGUGCUGUUACAGGCCACUCCACCCCAUCGCAGGGCGCGCUCGGCAGCCUGGUCCUACAUCUUCCUGCCUGAAGAGGCUUGGUGCGACCUUACCAUCCACCUCCCUGCAGCCGUGCUGCUUAAGGAGAUACACAUCCAGCCUCAUCUUGCGUCUCUGGCUACCUGUCCCUCGUCUGUGUCAGUGGAAAUCAGUGCAGAUGGAGUGAACAUGCUGCCCCUGUCGACGCCGGUGAUUACCAGUGGACUCACCUAUAUCAAGAUCCAGCUGGUGAAGGCAGAGGUGGCGUCAGCGGUGUGCCUGCGCCUGCACCGGCCGCGGGAUGCCAGCACCCUGGGGCUGUCCCAGAUCAAACUGCUGGGCCUCACUGCCUUCGGUAACACCUCGUCCACCACCGUCAACAACCCCUUCCUGCCCUCCGAGGAUCAGGUCUCCAAAACAAGUAUUGGCUGGCUGAGGCUUCUCCACCACUGCCUGACUCACGUUGGUGACCUGGAGUCUAUAAUGGCCAGUGCAGCAGCCCCCACUGCCAAUCUGCUGCAGACAUGCGCAGCCCUGCUCAUGUCACCAUACUGCGGGAUGCACUCACCCAACAUUGAGGCUGUGCUGGUGAAGAUCGGGCUCCAGUCCACACGCAUAGGGCUCAAACUGAUUGACAUUCUUCUGAGGAACUGUGCGGCAUCUGUCACAGACCCUGCAGACUUAAACAGUCCCUUGCUCUUUGGAAGACUAAAUGGCCUUUCCUCUGACUCUACAAUUGAUAUCCUCUACCAGCUUGGAACAACUCAGGAUCCUGGUACCAAGGACAGAAUUCAGGCUUUGCUUCAGUGGGUGCAUGAUUCAUCAAGAGUAGCUGCUCUGAAAAGAGGUGGCCACAUUAGUUACAUCAAUCCCAACAACUCGCCCAGGGAAUAUGGACUUCUCAUGCCUUCACCUUCCCAUUUGCACUGUGUAGCUGCAAUCCUGUGGCACAGCUAUGAGCUGCCUGUGGAUUAUGACCUUCCGGUUCUACUCAACAGGGAGCUAUUUGAGUUGUUAUACAACUGGUCCAUGUCCCUCCCAUGCAACAUGGUGCUGAAGAAAGCUGUGGACAGUUUGCUGUGCUCCAUGUGCCACAUCCAUCCCAACUACUUCUGCUUAUUAAUGGCGUGGAUGGGCAUCACACCCCUGCCUGUGCAGAGCCAGCACCGCCUCUCCAUGACUGAUGACAGUAAGAAGCAGGAUCUCAGUGCUGGCCUGACAGAUGACUCCAAGAAUGCACAGGCCCCCAUCACACUCACCGAAUCCCACUUGGCCACCCUAGCAGCUGCCUGUCAGUCCCCGGAAGCUAUAAAGCAAUUGUUAGACUCUGGCCUUCCCUCUUUGCUUGUGAAAAGCUUGGCCAGCUUCUGUUUCGGCCUCCUUUCCAAUUCUGAUUUCUCAGUGCCUUUUAUGGAGGUUCCUGCAGAUAGAAACAGGAGGCAGCACCCGGCUAACAAAGUGCCCCUGACAGCAGACUUGGUGGCUCCAGUGCUCCGGUUCCUGACUGAUGUUGGGAACAGCCACGCAAUGAAAGACUGGUUAGGCGGGCCGGAGGUAAACCCCCUGUGGACAGCACUCCUGUUCCUGCUCUGCCACUCCAGUGCCAGCGCAGGAGGCCAUCAGGCCAGCGCAGGAGGCCAUCAGGCCAGCGCCCAACCCUCAGGCUCCAGAUACUCUCUGGCAUCUUUGACAAGUGGGAACGGUCUGACCACCCAGCAAAGAACAGCUACUGAAAACGCAACAGUGGCAUUCUUCUUACAGUGCAUCUCCUGCCAUCCUUGUAAUCAAAGGUUGAUGGCUCAGGUGCUUUGUGAGCUGUUCCAGUCUGCACCCCAGCGAGGAAACAUGCCAAUGUCUGGUAAUAUAUCUGGGUUUAUCCGAAGGCUCUUCUUGCAAUUAAUGCUGGAGGAUGAGAAGGUCACUGUCUUCUUGCAGUCUCCCUGUCCGUUAUACAAAGGAAGGAUUAAUGCCACCAGCCAUGUGAUUCAACAUCCAAUGUAUGGAGCUGGGCAUAAAUUCCGCACUCUUCACCUCCCUAUCUCUACUACCUUAGCUGAGGUUCUUGACAGAGUGUCCGAUACGCCAAGUAUAACAGCAAAGCUGAUCAGUGAACAAAAGGAAGACAAGGAGAAGAAGAAUCAUGAGGAGAAAGAGAAGAUGAAAGCAGACAAUGGAUUUCAGGACAAUUACAGUGUUGUUGUUGCUUCAGGUCUGAAGUCUCAGUCAAAGAGAGCAGUAUCCACUCCCCCCCGUCCCCCCUCCAGAAGAGGAAGGGUCAUGACUGACACACUGACUACCUCUUCUGCUGGGGCGGAGUCGUCUGGUAAAACAAUCAGUGUUCCAGUCUUUCAUCUAUAUCAUAACCUGCUACCAGGCCAGCCUUUGCCAGUGGAGAUGACACUUGCCCAGCUGCUAACUUUGCUGUACGACCGCAAGCUCCCUCAGGGUUACCGAUCAAUAGACUUGACUGUAAAGCUUGGUUCCAAGGUGAUCUCUGACCCAAGUCUGUCAAAAACUGACUCGUUCAAGCGUCUACGAACUGAAAAAGAACAUGGUGAGAUGUUAAACAGCUGUCCUGAAGAUGAGCCUAUGGCACAAGGAGAUGAAUGCAUUGAUGCCGCCAUCGAUGAGUCCCUCCUGGAAACCAACCCAAUUCAGUCUCCCCUUCAAGUAUUUGCUGGAAUGGGCGGCCUGGCUCUCAUAGCCGAGAGAUUGCCAAUGUUGUACCCUGAUGUCAUCCAACAGGUGAGUGCUCCAGUGGUAGGCUCCACGACCCAAGAGAAGCCAAAGGACAGUGACCAGUUUGAGUGGGUCACCAUUGAGCAGUCAGGAGAGCUGGUCUAUGAGGCCCCAGAAACGAUAGCUGCUGAACCCCCGCCCAUCAAGUCUUCUGUGCAGACCAUGUCUCCCAUUCCCGCCCACUCGCUCGCGGCCUUCGGGCUCUUCCUUCGCCUGCCCGGCUACGCAGAAGUGCUGCUCAAAGAGAGAAAACACGCUCAGUGUCUCCUGCGCUUGGUGCUGGGAGUGACUGACGAUGGAGAAGGCAGUCACAUUCUGCAGUCCCCAUCGGCAAACGUUCUCCCCACUCUCCCAUUUCACGUCCUGCGUACUUUAUUCAGCACCACACCAUUGACUACAGAUGAUGGAUUGCUCCUGAGGCGCAUGGCUUUGGAGAUCGGUGCAAUCCAUCUUAUACUGGCCUGUCUGUCUGCACUAAGCCACCAUGCCCCCAGAGUACCUAAUGCGAGUCCCAACCAGACAGAGACUCAGGUGUCAAGUGGACACGCAAGUGCUUCCAGUGAAGAGCAGCAGCUGUAUUGGGCCAAGGGGACAGGCUUCGGGACUGGCUCCACAGCGUCUGGGUGGGACGUGGAACAGGCCUUCACCAAACAGAGGCUGGAGGAAGAGCAUGUCACCUGCCUGCUGCAGGUCCUUGCCAGUUACAUCAACCCGGCAGGUAGCGCAGCAUUGGGAGAGGCCCAAAGUGGAGAGGGAAGAGGACAGAAUAGCAACACGCUCCCGUUUGUGCUUCAGGAGCUGCUCAGCCAGUCCUGCCUUAUCCCUGCAAUGUCAUCCUACCUACGCAAUGACUCAGUGCUGGACAUGGCGAGGCAUGUUCCCCUGUACAGAGCCCUCCUGGAGCUGCUGCGUGCGAUCUCGUCCUGCACCUCACUGGUCCCGCUCCUGCUGCCGCUGUCUGGAGACGAUGAAGAGGAGGAGGAGGAGGAGCGCUUGGAGUGCCAGACCUCUGUGGGCACUCUGCUUGCAAAGAUGAAGAUCUGCGUCGACACCUACACCAACAGACUGAGGUCCAAGAAAGAUAAAAGCAAAGGAGUUAAGGCAGAUACAUCAGACCCAGAACCAGAAGGCCUUACUCUGCUGGUCCCAGACAUCCAGAAGACUGCAGAGAUUGUUUAUGCCGCCACUACAAGCCUGCGGCAGGCGAAUCAAGAAAAGAAGCUGACAGAGUCUUCUAAGAGAGUUGCUGCAAGACCUAAGCCGUUGUCUGUGUUGAGAUCUCUGGAGGAAAAAUACGUUGCUGCCAUGAGAAAACUGCAGUUUGACACGUUUGAAAUGGUUUCUGAAGACGACGAUGGCAAGCUGGUAUUCAAAGUGAAUUACCAUUACAUGUCUCAGGUGAAGAAUGCCAGCGAUGCCAACAGUGCAGCCCGAGCCCGCCGGCUCGCCCAGGAAGCUGUGACACUGUCCACCUCUCUGCCGCUCUCCUCUUCCUCCAGCGUCUUUGUGCGAUGUGAUGAGGAGCGGCUGGAUAUCAUGAAGGUUCUUAUCACUGGUCCUGCAGAUACCCCUUAUGCAAAUGGCUGCUUUGAAUUUGACGUGUAUUUCCCACAAGAUUAUCCUAAUUCACCUCCCCUCGUCAACCUGGAGACAACAGGAGGACACAGCGUGCGAUUUAACCCAAAUCUUUAUAAUGACGGCAAAGUGUGUUUAAGUAUACUUAACACUUGGCAUGGAAGACCAGAGGAAAAGUGGAACCCUCAUACCUCAAGCUUUUUACAAGUCUUGGUGUCAGUGCAGUCUCUCAUUCUGGUAGCAGAGCCCUACUUUAAUGAGCCGGGAUAUGAGAGAUCAAGAGGCACACCCAGCGGAACGCAGAGCUCCAGAGAGUACGAUGGAAAUAUCCGGCAAGCCACAGUGAAGUGGGCCAUGCUGGAGCAAAUCCGCAAUCCUUCUCCCUGCUUCAAAGAGGUGAUACAAAAACACUUCUACUUGAAGAGAGCUGAAAUAAUGGUCCAAUGCGAGGAAUGGAUUUCCGAUAUUCAGCAGUACAGCAGUGAUAAGCGGGUCGGCCGGACUAUGUCUCAUCACGCAGCUGCUCUGAAGCGUCACACGGCCCAGCUACGUGAGGAACUGUUAAGGCUGCCCUGCCCUGAAGGGUUGGAACCAGAUGGUGAUGAAUUCUCUGAGAAGAGCACCACACUACUGAGUUCAGCAAAGGAACCUCCCUCCCACGAGCAGGACAAACCAAGCAGCAGCAAGGACUCCCACUCCAGCGACGUCCAACUUUGAGCUGCGCUGACGUGAAAUUAUUAUUAUUAUUAUUAUUAUUAUUAUUAUUAUUAUUAUUAUUAAAUAGACUUGAUGGCUUUGAAGCACAAGCCACAUUUUGUCAAUAUUUGUAUGUAAGACGCUAAUUAUGUAAUAGGUGAAAAAGAAACAAACAAACCCUGAAACUAUGCUAUGCCCUUAAGGAAAUGCAGUUUAAUUCAAAAUUAUCUUUUAUUUACCUGUAAAAGAGUGUAAACUUUUUUGUGCUUUUAUUUUUCAAUUGUGAAAUAACCACUGAUUGGUAUGUUAUUAAAACUUGUUUAUGUAUACAUAAGGACAGAAAAGAAAUCACUGAUUUAUAUAAGGGAACUGCCUUUAGAAAAGAAUGUUUACUGAAUGUUCAUUUUCAUUUUUGACUGUUAGAGCAAGGGCAGUUGUAACCAAGAAUAUAUCGGUCAUUCUUUAAGGAAACUAUUUAAAAAUUACACUUCAAUUUGAGACAUCUUUGGCCAUUUACAUUGCUCAUAUUUGAUUUCUACAGACUCCUGUAAACUUCAAUAAAAGCUAAAUGGACAUUCUAUGAUUGAUUUACUUGUUACCUUUUUACUGGCUGGAAUACAUGUUUAUUGAAUACAUUCACUUGUAAUUAUUGAGUUUGAUUUCAUUUUAUGCUUAUACUAAUUUUAAAAUGCAAGUUUAAUAAAUGCAACUUGUUUUACUGUA